ACCGUCACACCCUCCGGCACGUCGACCCUCUCGUCAGGCUGGUACUGGAUCCGCGCGGUGGAGACGCCUUACUACCAUUCGUACCUCCAGACGCUCCCGACGGCCACCCCUGGCGACGCUCUGAUGGACAGCCCCCUCACGGCGGGGCAGUUCAACAUCAUCGACGGCCAGCUCGUGUACAAUACCGGGUCGGGCACCGACGACGCCCUGUACAUGUGGGUCGAGGACCCGGCAGACAAGACCCAGCGGGCCCUGUUGACGUGGUUCAACUCGACCGAGAACACGUACGGGAAUUUCUCCUUCUCAGGGGACACGGUGACGUGGGUCGACCCGGAUGUGGACAGGGGGAACACGGCUGCCUUUUAUGUCUGCCCCGACAACACGACCGGGGCCAACGAUUUGUAUGUGAACACGGGGGCGUAUGAUUAUGAGACGCCUUCGGGUUGCUAUGACAUUGAUAUCCAUUCUUAUGGCGGGUCAACGGCUACUGUUUGA